AAUGUAGUAGAAUGGCGCAGCUUUAAUACCAUUAUUAAGCACAGAUAAGUCGUCAUUCGAUUCUAGUUGCGAGUUGACGGUUCUGUAGGUUAUGUGUUAAAUUCUGGCCACGUUGGUCUGAACUAUUCAAUUCGACAUCUACACCGACGAGUGCUCGUUAGAGAUUUUAUGAGGGUUUGCUGGAUUGCUAAACUUAAUGUAGACUAUUUCACGCUCUAAACGCCACACGAUAAAGCGGGUGUGUAUGAACAGUUCACGAUAAAUUCUUUUUUAUUGAAGGAAUUUCCUGAAGUUCUCGAUCUGAAAGCGACCGUCGGAAGGUGGUAUCCGUUGCGAAUAAUCAAUGAGCAUUACGGGAAUACUGCGGUGAUUUCUGUAAGUUAAGCAGGGCUAACAAUAUACGGCCUCAGAGGAAAUUACGUACUGAGAUUUUUCAGCGAGAAACUGAAAAUAUUGUGAAAGUCGACAGAGAAUUAUGGAGCCUCAAAGUAUUUCAUGAGAAUCGUAGCAACGAAGACGUGUCCGAAGCCUAUUAGUUGUACAAUUGGAACCAUGCACUGCAAGGAAUAGGACAGUUCUUCAGAUUUCUUAGUUUACGGUCAGUCCAUGGCAUCACCAAUGUUAGAAAGAUCUGCACUACGCUCACAAACUCACCAACGAGAUCACCUCAGGAGCUUUAUAGCAAGCAAACAAGCAUAUCUCAAUGCUAAAACGGCCCAACAACGUGCAGAGGAUGUAGCCCUCUCAAGCACAGGAACCAAAGCUGCACUCUCACUGAAACCGUUCCCCGUUGCAGAGGUGGUUCAGCAAACGCAACAAAUGGAGAAGAUUCACGACAGGGUCAUAAACUCGAUUCAUGCUGCGCUCUCUGAUGAGAGUUUGGUGCAGAUUCUCGCUCCUCCUUUCAACGAAACACUUGCAGCUGCGACCAAGAGAGGAGCAUCAUCACGAUGGGAAUGGCAAAAGAACACAGCCUUGCUGGAGCUUGAGAAUCGUAACCAGAAUCUCCAGAUUCUUCUCUCUCAGGCAGAAAGCGAAGCUCUGAAGCAUCAGUCGCGCGCGCAAGAGGACCGCAAGAUAUUAGAAGAAGCACUGCAAAAAGGUAAAGAAGAGACUAUUUUGUUGUCAAAAGCGCGUGACAUGCGCGCACGGCUCAUCGAGCAAAUGCAAGUCAUGGCGCGUAACAAGUCACUUCAGGCUACUCUUUGUGCUUGGCGACAUUUCUGCGGGAAAUCUAGGAGGAAAAGGGCUCUGCGUAGAGCGGCUCGCAUGUGGCACGCUCGAACCAUGUUGAAGCUCUUCACAGCAUUUGUAGCAGGAUGUGAUCGCACCAAACAUACAGUUGGAUUGAGAUUGUAUGCCACGCAUCACCGGAGCCGGACCUUGCUCUUACUCGCUAUACGGGUUUGGUGGCGGGGAGCAAUGCUCCGGCGAGAAGCCAAGGACAGACUUCAUAAUUUCAUCACCUCCUGGUCUAAGUAUCGGCUGCGAAAUGUGGUUGUACAUUGGCACAAUCAUUGCAAUCAGCUCUCCUUGAAGUAUUCUAAUAGGAAAAGAGCAGUUCGAUCGCUAUACUUUUCUCUCCUUCGACGGGCAUGGCGUGGCCUGUACCUGCAUACACUAAUGGUACGCGAAAAGAAGUUGAAUGCCGAGCUUUUCUUCUUCCUACGUGUUGCUCGAGAUUGCUUACAAAACUGGCAUGGAUUGAUUGUGCGCAAGAAACAAAGAGCAAGACAACUCGAAUUAGGAGGGCAACUUCGACAAUCAUACCUUGUGAGGUUAGCUAUGGAUGUAUGGCUUGGAAGGACGCACCUCACUGCAGUUGUUUCAGCUCGUUUAAAGGCGUUUAUCAAGCGGAGGGAUCGAAGAAAGAAGAGCCUAACACUCUUCAAAUGGUGGCAUCUCGUUGUAAAAACAAAUCGUGCGCGGACAUUACGGAUGAUGCUCCUAACCAAGAUUGAGCGAAGGAUCAAGGAAUGGGCUUUUCAAGUUGUGAAGAAGAAAGUUUUGCAGAAAACACUAGUGGAAGCGCACACCUUACAUCGGUCAAAGCAUGUUCGGAGGACAACAAUGAGGUCAUGGUUGUACGAGGUGCGGUCGAAGCAAGUGCGCCGCGUGUGGAUGCAACGCCUGCUCAGGCAAAUUCGUUAUCGGCAGAUGCAGAGGACAUUCUGUUGUUGGCUUGUCUACACCGAAAUCUGCAGGAGGUACGCAGUUGAGGGAAAGGUACAAGAAGCAGAAGCAAAAAUAGAUUUGCUGGAGAUGAAGCUUGCAGGAACUGCACAAGUGAAAGCAGAAAUGAAACGGUUGCUAGAGGGUUUUGAAACUGAAAGAGCGCGUGUUCUUGAGGAUGCAACAGCAGCCAUUGCUCGGACUCCAUCUUGGACCUCUGGAUUCCUUGAUGCUGAAUUAAGGUGGAGCUCAUUGAAUUUGGAAGACAAAUGGCACCCACACGCCCGAGCGGGCCACUCAGCAGUGUCCAUGCGACUGGAUACUCACAGGUCUCCGUGCAUUAUAAUCUUUGGCGGUUACAACGGACGUAAGUCCUUCAAUGAUGUUGUCAUCCUUGACAAUGGAGCUAUGUCUUGGAAAACACCAACGAUCAAUAUAGCCUCCGGGAGCUUUUGCCCUCCUCCAAUGCGCAACCACACCGCUUGUUCUUACGGGAACAAUAGGAUGCUUUUGUUUGGAGGAUUUGAUGGAUCUUGCGAGUUUUCCGACUUGUCUUUGCUUACAUUUUAUGACGAAGGCAAGAUAUGCGAGUGGUCGCAACCAGAGAAUUUUGGAGUAGGAGCAAGACCGGAAUCCUUCUCCCAUCACACUGCUUGCAUGACACAGGACCAGCGGUAUAUGAUUGUCUUUGGGGGCUACCGCUCUUGUGCGGGCCACUUGAAUGAGACUUGGUUUCUGGACCUUCAUCUGAUGACAUGGACUUCUCCAGACUACCGAGGAAUUCCUCCGUCACCACGCAGAGGCCAUGGCGCCGCUAUUGUUGACAAGAGGAUGUAUGUCUUAGGAGGUUAUAACGGUGCAGAGCAUCUGGAAGACCUUCAUGUGUUAAAUAUCGAGUCCAUGACUUGGGAACUUGUGGAUUUCCAUGGAGAUCCACCAUCACCGCGACGGCAGCACGCCAUGACAGCUGUGGGUCGUCAUGUGGUUGUUCAUGGUGGCUACGACGGAAAAGCUUACUUGGAUGAUACAUACGUCUACGACACCGAGAGCCAUGUGUGGAAGCGGUGGUUGAUUAUGGACUCGCCAAAACAAGGCUCGUGUCCAGCUGAUGUCAGAAUGGAUACGACAGCGCAUGGCAGAUCCAUGCAUACGAUGAUUGAAGCCGGCCAACGGCUCGUGAUCUUCGGAGGCGUUCACGAAUGUGGUGCUUUGCAUGAUGUUCUGUUCCUUGAGAACGCUGCUGCGGUGGGAGGUCUUCAACUGCAAUGUUCCUUGAUGGAAGAAACUGCAAAAGUGCAUAGUUUGCAGGCAAAUGUGGUUGGAUGCCAGGAAGCAAUGCUGGAGAUAUGCAGUGAGCUCACUCUCGCUCAAUCGAGAUUUCAGCAAGUACAUUCAGCUCUUAAGGUCAUGAUAUCAAUAGGUGGAGGCAGAGAAGCGAGCGACGGCAGUGGACAAACAACGAGUGUUGCUGAACAAGCUCCAGAAAUCGCGCAACCAUUCCAAAUCCCUCACUCAAACUUGCCGCAACAGGUUAGGAAAGGAGCAAAAGAUGCUUCAACGCUUGAUCGUGGAACUUGAGCAGCAACAACGAGCACCCACUCAACCUUCCUCGGCCAUGCAUCAAUCGGAGAGUAUGUAGUGGCAUGCCAAGCUAUAUUAUGCUUCCUUUCCAUUUAAAAGCAGAUGAUAGUUGCCCAUGGUAAGCUCACUUUCAUAGAGAAGGGAUUCUAUUCGUCAACCCAUUGGAUUGUGCAAAACUGUGCACAAAGAAGGGUAUUCUUUGUCAUGUUGAAUUUCACAUGAUAAGCAUUUUAAUUCUCAUAUACUUUAUAUUUAGCACCUCGAGCAUGAGGGGAAUAUUUUGUAGUUUGGUUUGUUUUGAUUCUUUAGAAUCAUUUUUCAAGAGUUCUUUGAAUUGAGUUUAAAUAAUGGCUCAUCGUGGACGGUUAUUAUAUAAGACAGUUGUGCGUUAGUUUUUGCCGCUUGUAUACAUUUGAGAGGAUAUACCUGCUGAAUAAAAAAUGGUGAUGUGUAUUAGAGGAGGAA